AAAAUAAAAUAAAAUAAUUGACGUGGAAUUGGUUCCUCUGUCUCCCGUCUCCCGGUGUUUGUUUUGAUUCUACCGCCCACCUUCGGAUCGCUGGAGUCACUCCUCCGUCCUCUGCUCUCUCUAAUCUCUCUGCCUGCGAUUAACAAAUAAGGUUCUCUAAGUCAACUUUCAGCUUUCGAUUGAUUGAGGAUGGUGCUGGUUUUGGCCCUGGGGGAUAUGCACAUACCCCACAGGGCGCCUGAUAUUCCUGCAAAGUUCAAAUCCAUGCUUGUCCCUGGAAAGAUCCAGCACAUCAUUUGUACUGGAAAUCUAUGUAUUAAAGAAGUCCAUGACUACUUAAAGACUCUUUGUCCCGACUUGCAUAUAACUCGUGGUGAGUAUGAUGAAGAUUCAAGAUAUCCAGAGACCAAGACACUAACCAUUGGCCAAUUUAAGUUGGGACUGUGCCAUGGUCAUCAGGUUAUUCCAUGGGGAGACCUAGACUCACUAGCGAUGUUACAGAGACAGCUUGAUGUAGACAUCCUUGUCACAGGUCACACCCACCAGUUUACCGCUUACAAACAUGAGGGCGGCGUGGUUAUAAAUCCAGGUUCUGCAACUGGUGCCUACAGCAGCAUCACCUAUGAUGUGAACCCAAGUUUUGUGCUUAUGGAUAUCGAUGCUCUGCGUGUCGUGGUCUAUGUAUAUGAACUCAUCGAUGGAGAAGUUAAGGUUGACAAGAUUGAUUUUAAGAAAACAUCCACAAGUGUCCCUGCUCUUUAAAAACAUUUGUAUUAUGGUCUAGUCUCUUUUCUUUCCUUGUUUAGUGUUUUUUUCUCCUUCAAAGUUUACAUGGCUGUUAUUUUGCUUUGAAGUUUGAAACACAUGUAUUUGGCAAUAAGUAGGAUUUGAUAAAUUUGUGAUCUGUGAGGAACUUAUGUGACUGAUUUAGCGAUGACUUUUUGUAUCCAUUUUACCAGUGAUUGGUCCAGAGAUCAUAUGCUGCAAAGUAUUUGUUAAGGAGAAGAUACAUCUAACAUUGUAAUUUUUACGUUAUAAACAUGCAGUUAUACUUAUUAUAAA